AUGACACCGUGCCAAAACUUGUCCGUUGACUUUUCGCAUGUUGACAUUCUCCACAGUACAGGUGCCAGUGGCUACAUUGGCGGUGACAUACUCUCAGCCCUGGUGGAAAAGUACCCCGAGAAUACUUACCGGUUGCUGGUGCGGAGCCCUCAAAGCCAGAGUCAGAUAUCGACAAAAUAUCCAUCCGUCAUCAUCGUUCCUGGAGGCCUUGAUGAUAUUGAGUUGAUCAGACAUGAAUCAAGCAACGCGGAUGUCAUCCUUCACACUGCAGAUGCUUCAGACCAUCUUGCCGCGGCGCAAGCUAUUGCUAAAGGAGCGAUAGAGGGACAUUCGCCCGACAGACCGGCCUAUUGGUUGCAUACAAGUGGAACUGGUAUUUUUUCGUCUUUUGAAGACGAAGAAAACACAUACGGGAAAAGAAGUGAGGUUACUUGGGACGAUCUCAGAGAUAUCCAGAGGAUUAUCUCUUUUCCAGAGCAUGCAUUUCAUCGCAUAGUUGACAAAACUGUUCUCGAUGCAGCUGCCUCGUCUCCCGAUGUAUUGAAAGCGGCAAUAAUUUCCCCAACGACAGUCUACGGAAGGGGCAGAGGUCCAUGUUCUCAGCGCAGCAGACAAGUUUAUGAAAUGGCAAAGUUCAUUCUUUCGCAGAACAGAAUCCCGAAGAUUGGCAACGGGGAGGCAAUUGCAUCGAAUGUCCAUGUUCACAGUGUAACAGCCCUGUUUAUUCAGCUUUUUGAUGCGACCUUGGAGCGACAAGAUAAAGAUCCCCUUUGGGGCUCAGAUGCAUACUAUAUUGCUGAAGAAGGGGAGCAUUGUUGGGGCGAAGUGGCAGACACUAUCGGAAAAAUAGCUCUUGAAAAGGGCUAUUUGUCAUCGACUCCCACUGGGGUUCUCCUUGACAAGGACACUGCUUUUGAAUUGGCGGGAUUUGAGGCCACAAGCUGGGGAAACAAUAUGCGCUGCCGAGCAAGUCGGGCUCGAUCAUUUCUGCAGUGGCAACCCAUUGGUAAAUCCCUGGAAGAGGAACUCCCAGAAAUUGUUGAUACAGAGUACAAUCGUUUCAAGUGA